AUGAAGUUCACCCUUCCCAUCAUCAGCCUGCUGGCAAGCACUGCCAUGGCUGCCGUUGGCGACCUUUGCGUGGCGCAGAAUAGCAUCGGAACUUGUCAGACUACAACCUUUUGCAGCAACCGGGGAGGCACAGCACCGGUCGUUGGAGCUUGUCCCAACGACCCCAGUAAUGUCAAGUGCUGCCUGUACCCGAGGUGCAGCAGCACCCUCGGCUUUUGCAUGUCCACCUCGGACUACUGUCGCUCUGGGAUCCGUCCAACAGGCCAAUGCCCCGGACCCGCCAGCUACAGGUGCUGUGCCACUUGA